CCAUGAGCAAUCUCCCAACUCAUCUCUGUAUAGUAUUACAAUCAUAUCGUGCAUCAAGUAACAAUUAAGUUUUGCCGCUUGACCUUUGCUUUGAUAUAUAGUUACGUGUAAAUAUGCUCUCAUUCUUUCGUAAAUUAUCACUCGGAGCAAAAAUAAGAGAUGGCAUCUUGCCAGACAGAGUGAUGGGCACCACAGAGGAUCUCUUGAAGGCAAAAAACCAGAGUACCUUAAUUCUAAAAGAUGACGCAGAAUUAAAAGAAUCAGUUUAUGAUUUGCUUCGUACUAUUAAAGACCCAGAAAAGCCUCAAACGUUAGAGCAACUCGAUGUCGUGUACGAAGAUUGCGUGUGCAUUUGUGAUUCCACACCAAGUGGGAUAUCGGUUAUUCGGAUAGAGUUCAAUCCUACCGUCCCUCAUUGUUCGCUAGCGACUCUCAUAGGGUUGUGCAUAAGAAUAAAAUUGGAGAGGCAUCUGUUAUCGUUGUUUAAGUUGGACAUAUACAUCAAAGAAGGCACCCAUUCUACGGAACAAGAAAUAAAUAAACAAAUAAAUGACAAGGAACGGAUAGCUGCUGCAAUGGAAAAUCCCAAUUUACGUGACUUAGUGGAAAAGUGCAUACAGGAGGAUGAAUAGCGCACAGAGUAUACAAACGAUUAAUGAAGAAUUGUACAUAUAAUGUAAUGGACCUAAACUAAUUUCUAGGUCCCAUCCCAUAACUGUAAAAGCUAUACGAUAUAUUUCACGGGACAAACGGGGAAACAUCGAAUAUUACCGUUUCCUUGUUGAUCACCGGUAAUGAUCCACAUGCUGAUUCCAAAGGCAACACGUAAAUAGUGUCCAUAUAGGAGCCGACCAACCUUAAAGUUGCUGCAGAAAUCCAUUAUUUCUGAAUUGCUUUUGAGUCAACUUUUCUACGUUACGUCGCAUCCGCCCACGGAAUAUUCAAAUAUUAAUUACCAUUAAGAGUAAAAAAAUUUCUCUAGUUUAGGAUUUUUAA